AUGUCUUCUCGCGUGGGAUUCCGCUUUGUGAACAACACUCGCUUUGCGUUCCGCAAUGCCUCUGCGCCAUUCCGCCGGCCGGGUGCCCAGGGCUUCCGCUUCUCGAGCUCCGAAGCCGGUGCUGCGGAGCAGCAGAGCACCUUCCAGCGCAUGUGGAACAGCCCUGUCGGCGUGAAGACUGUGCACUUCUGGGCCCCCGUCAUGAAGUGGUGCCUCGUCAUCGCCGGUAUCUCCGAUUUCGCCCGUCCCGCUGAGAAGCUCUCCCUCACCCAGAACGCCGCCCUCAUGGGUACCGGUGCCAUCUGGACUCGCUGGUGCAUGAUCAUCAAGCCCCGCAACGUUCUGCUUGCCGCCGUCAACUUCUUCCUUGGAUGCGUCGGAGCUGUCCAGGUCACCCGUAUUAUCAUGUGGCAGCGCAGCCAAGAUGGCUCUGCUACCGAGACCGCCCAGGCUGUUGAGCAGGAGGCCGUUGGCACCGUCAAGGCCGUUGCCGGCGAGGCCGAGGGCGCCGUCAAGAAGGUUGCCGAUAAGGUCGAGAAGUCCACCUAA